AUGGACUGGGCCGCUUCUCUCGCUGCGUCCCUGUUCCUUGUUUAUUCCUGUGGUCACGCUCUCUCCAAGGUACACGGCACAAGCACGCACCGGGCAGAAUACCCAGGACGCUGGCCAGGGAACACACACGCACGCCCGCCCUCGGACGUAAACAAACCGCGCACGCACCGCCCGCGGGCACCGGUCCAGGGGCUGUUCUCACCGAGUCACGUACUUGCACACACCGCCCCCGGCCCCGCCUGGGCGGACGCUGACGCUCGCCAGCCCGCGCUGCCCCUUCCUGCCCGGCUCCAUCGCCUCUCGGCCCGCGCCCCCAACGUGGGGCCCGUAACCCCUGCACCCCGCCAAGCUUGCUUCGGCCGCGUUUUUCGGUCCCGCCGGACCACUGCCCCCCCACCCGCACCCCCCCACGCCAGCCGUCCGGGCGAGGGAUCCACGGGGGCACCGACUGAGUGGGCCCCGGCGCCCAGCCCCAGGCACGUUCCCGGGGUGCGGAGACCCUGCCGCCUCCGGGUCCCGCGCGCCCGUCCCGCUCGGGGACCCGCAACCCUUACCCGCCUCUCGGCCUGCUUCGCCUGGCGUCCCCGGCACGCGCGGGUCCCGCUGCCGGCCGAGCUCUGGCCCCGGGAGCGGCCUCCCGGCUCCUCAGCCCCGCCCCCGGCCAACUCCGCCCCGGAGAGACCCCGCCCUCUUCCAGGCCCCGCCCUCGGGAUUCUCAAUCCCAGUUAG